GCUUACCUCUUCAUUCAAUCUCGACACUUUCCAUGGGCGCACUUGAGGAUCUCUCCACCCCCUUACUAGAUGACUUUGCCAUCCCAACAAACACAGACAUUGGCGCGACCCGUCUGCCAGAAACAACAGCUGACGACUCUUGUGCCUACCUCUGUGGAAAUUCCCUUGGACCGCUCUCAAAACAGUCGGAAAAACUUAUCAACGACGAACUCAAAGUAUGGCGAACACGCGCUGUAGAAGGUCAUUUCUCACAUCCUCACGGAAGAGAGUGGCUGAACAUUGCCGACACCGUUACCCCACUUCUCGCUGAAAUAGUCGGUGCCAAGGAAAAGGAAGUGGCGUGCAUGAGUACCCUGACAGCGAAUCUCCAUCUUAUGCUGUCGGCUUUCUACAAACCCACACCCGACCGAUACAAGAUCUUGUGUGAAGCCAAGGCAUUCCCAUCAGAUCAGUAUGCAUUUGCGUCCCAAGCGGUCUUGCACGGAUAUGAUCCAACCGACGCCAUUAUCGAACUUGCCCCUCGCACAGGCGAAUUCACUCUUCGCGAAAGCGAUAUUAUAGACCUCAUUACCAAACAAGGCAAUUCCAUCGCCCUUGUCAUCUUCAGCGGCGUGCAAUACUAUACUGGCCAAUGGUUUCCCAUGCAAGCCAUCACGAAGGCAGCUAAGGAACAGGGCUGUAUUUGUGGCUGGGACCUUGCUCACGCUGUUGGGAACGUUCCCAUGGCUCUUCACGAGUGGGACGUCGACUUUGCUGUCUGGUGUUCAUAUAAAUAUCUGAACUCCGGUCCCGGAGGGAUAGCUGGGCUAUUCAUUCACGAAAAAUGGAAUAACACCAGGCCUCCGCAAUAUGCAGGCUGGUGGGGCCACGACCCUUCCACGCGCUUUUCCAUGCCUCCUUUAUUUAACGCCAUCCCGGGCGCCCAAGGCUAUCAGCAGUCCAACCCCUCCGUCCUUAAUAUCGUCUCUCUCCUCGGCUCUCUCCAGGCCUUCAAGAGAGUUGGCUCGAUGGACCUUCUGCGAAAGAGAUCUGAGUCGUUGACCCUACAUCUAGAGGGAGAACUUGAAAAAUCCAAGUUCUACGUACCCGUACAUGAGGUUUCCGCAAGAUAUCCUUCCGCGACGAACGAUAAGAACCGGGACGGCCAGAAUUCUCAGCCGCAAAGAUUUGGCUUCGCGGUCAUCACGCCGAGUGAUCCUGAAUCACGGGGUGCUCAGCUAUCACUCCUAUUUCUGCCAACUGGAUCGGGCGCUAUGGGCAAGGUGUUUGACAGAUUAUUAGAAGAGGGCGUGGUCGGUGAUAAAAGGGAACCUGAUGUUAUUCGCUUGACCAUCGCCCCUCUUUAUAACACUAUGGGCGAUAUUGACAGAGCAGCACAUGGCUUAGAAAGGGCACUCGAAGAAUUAAAUACAAGUACAUGACCAUAUCAAUACUUAUUGGUCCAAGUAUUUUUGUGAUUUUUAGCCGAUGUAAUACUAGCAGCGCACACUAUAUGGACCUAGAAGAAUCCCCCACGAUAAACGCGCCCGCAAUCUUGACAUAAUCGUGACCCUUGAGGAUCUCGUUAUGCCCUUCCUUAAGGUGAUCGAAAUUCUUCGCCACAUACGCUGACGAGCGAAGCCCCCUACUAUUGUACUGCUUGCAGAGGUGUUCGUACAUACCAGCACUCUGACGAACGUCGACAAGUGUGUCUCCUUCCGAGUGUAUGACGAGCCAUCGUAUGAAGACUUCAGAAGGCCUCAAACUCAUGGUUAACGCGGAGACGUCUGGGUAAGAGGGUUUCUGGCCAAAUGCUGCUUCUAUGAACCAAUCCCGAUAAUUGGGAAAGCUAGACAGCAAGAAGUCGAUAUCGUAUAUACCCUCGGAGAAUAUGACAGCUUGCACUGCGUUAAAAAGACCAGUCGAAGGAGUCAAAUCCUCAAUUUGGGAGUCCAAGAGUAUGGAGGACAGCAUAUGAGCAGAACAGCUGUGUCCGAUAAGGUAUAUUCUUUUUGGAUCAUAGGGCAACAGACCGUCGUACGGCCGUGGGCCCUUCCACUCUUGCACAAUAAAUUCGAGAAAUUGCAAGAUGUCUUGAGCAUGCUGCGGAUGAUGAAGAUAAUUAUCUUUGGUGGGCUCUCGAGGUGAAAGCCGAUAAUUCGGAAUUGCCAAAGGAAAACCUGUGUAAGUGGCUAUGUUACGGCCAAGUUCUGCAUGGUCAGCUUUAUCUUCGCUCCCCUCCAUGCACAAAACAAAUUAAAGGCGGUGCGUUAUCUAUGUCCUUGGCAUGCACAGUCCCCCUGGAGGGACUGACAGGCAGGUAUAGAUCGAAUUG